AUGGGACAUGCCAGCCGCUCAUCUUCUUUCACGAGGAAUCUAGAGUGUGCCAUCAUUUCGAUUGCCAAAUGCCUCGUUCGGCAGCCUGUUGUGGAAUUGCCUUUGCGAGUACAGGCAUACAACCGAAACAAUGCUCACAAGUUGAGUAUUUGCAGUGGUGAUACGCAUGAGUCAGAUGUGGAGCUACUUCUGUCAAAAUUCAACAACGAUUGGGCAAUUCCAAUCAGAUCCUUUGCUGGCCACCUUACCCACUUUUGCCCUCCUGGAUGUUGCUCUAGCCAAAAGGAGACAUAUCACAAGGGGGUUGCUGCUCUUCGGGCAACGAUUGGUACGUUCUUCGAUUGUCCCUUGCUCUACAGGUGGAAGCAUUGGAGUCCAGCAGUUAAAUUCUGCCUUCGCAACAUGUGCUUUCACAACAUCUUGGUGUAUGUUUGGCAAGCAUGCAUGGGCGGGACAGCAAGCUCAGAGGAUUUGAGCGCCAUACUGGACAUCGACUCGGCUGAUCUAGCCCCUGCGGAAAAGCAAAAAGUGCGCAUGAGCAAAGCUUACAUGCUUCUGACAGAGGGGGAGAUUGUUGCCAAAUUGGCAAAGGCAGUUGUGUUGACGCGCCCCAUUGCGAACUAUAUGGAUACUCUGUCAUUGAUUGAGACUUUGCGCCACAGAAUGCGACUGAAAGAUGCAAACCUCCUCCCACCUACUAGUACAUGCACGGGUACAAAUCAGGACUUGGUCAGCGCCAACAUGCGCAUCCUCGCGGGUCAAACUGGGUUGGAUGUCCUCCACGAGUAUUUCUCCAUGCUUCAAGCGCCGUGUGAUUUAGUGUGGUCUCCAGACUUUGGGCUGAGCCAAGAUGAUUGCUUGGGUGAUGUGGUUAUGGCAAUGUGUGAUUGCUAUCGGCGACUAGUGAUGCCCUUUGAGAGCUGUCCCUGGCAGUUGUUCAAGAUCGUUGACAUGAGCAGCGAGCAAGGCCUGCCGUAUCUCCAUGGGCUUGGCUUGAGAUCCAGCCAUUGCAGAAAGUGCUGCGAUCCUUCCUUUACAGAAGUUUUGCUCACCUACAUCUUUCAUCAAAACGGUCCUUCUGGAGAUGCCCGUAUGCGCUUUGAAGAAGUGAAGGCAUUUGUUGUUGAUCUCUUGACUCAAAUACCGGCAUCAAGUGUGGAAGUGGAAAAACAUCAUGCUAAUUGCCAAGUAGAUUGCGCUGUACAUCGCUACAACGCCAAGCGUGCUCCAACUAUUCAGGCAAACUCAUUGAUUAUGUCAGCAAUGUUGGAACACCAAGCUUUAAAACAGGCAGCUGAAGGAUGCGCUUUUGGCAAGGCAGCUGGAAGG